AUGAAUUUGAAACUGAUUUAUUCUCUCAUAGCAAUAUGCAUCACCAUCAUUGUCAUCUUAGUCAUGGUUUUCCAAAAUAGAGGAGAAAAACCCAUGGCUUGUGAGAGCCAUUCUCAGAAAAAGGGGCAAGAGGAAGGUGGUCAGGAUACUGGCAGCCAGGUGUUUCAAGAUUUAAGUCCAGAAGAGAUAAUGCAGGUCAAGAGCUAUCUACAGUCCAAUCUGGGUGUGCCGCUGGUAGAGACGCCUCAAGCCAAGCCAUCAGACAACUGCAUCUAUUUCAUCACCUUGCAGCUUCCUCCCAAAGCAGAAGUGUUAGAAUUCCUGGACCAUCAAGGAUCUAGGCCAGCACGGGAAGCUCUGGCUGUGGUCCAUUUUGGAAAUCAGGUGGACCCCAAUGUGACAGAAUUUGUGGUCGGUCCACUUCCAGAACCAACAUAUCAUCAAGAUAUCACAAUACAAAGAUAUGGAAGGAAAUUGCCUUAUUCUAAAAGGAUGGUUUUGACAAAUGAAUUUGAUGAAAUCAGUGAUUUCUUAAAGAGGAAUGAAUAUCCUAAGGCUCCAAAUUUCAUACAAAAGGUUCUAAAUCAAAAUGGCAGCAGUGUUUGGUACAUUCAUGAAAUGCCACCAGGACAAAAAUCAGGAGAUCGCAAAAUGUGGGUGAGUCAUUACCAGGAUGUUCCUGGCUACUAUUUGCACCCAGUUGGGUUUGAGGUCCAAGUGGAUCAUAGUAGCCUGGAUGUUUCUCAGUGGAAGGUAAUAAAAGUAUUCUAUAAUGGACAAUAUUUUGAAGACAUGGAAGACAUUGAGAUACAAUUCAAUAUGGGAAAGGUUAUAGUAGACAAGGUUAAACAACCCCCUCCUGAUGGGGGAUACUCAUCACUGAAGCAGAGGGUGCCACCAAAAGUUUCAGGCCCUUUGCAUUAUGAACCUCGUGGACCACGCUAUAGGAUUCAGAAUAAUCAAGUCACCUUUAUGAGGUGGAGUUUUGCAUUUGGAAUUGAUGCAGGCAGGGGACCACGUAUCUUUGAUGUCAGGUUUAAUGGAGAAAGAAUAAUCUAUGAGUUAAGUUUGCAAGAAGCAAGUGCUAUCUAUGGCUCAAACAAUCCUAGUUCCAUGUUUACCAGAUACUUGGAUGCCAGCUAUGGACUUGGUUCAUUUAUCUUCCCACUUACCCAGGGAAUAGAUUGUCCUUAUUUAUCCAAUUAUUUGGACUGGCACUUUUUUCAUGAUACUUCAGGACCUGUUAGCCGUAAGAAGGCUAUCUGCAUCUUUGAGCAGAAUGCUGAGUUGCCCAUACGACGACAUUAUGAAAGCAUCCAGUCUCCUUUUUAUGGAGGGUUGGCAGAUUCAAAUCUGGUGUUCCGGACCAUAUCUUCAGUUGGCAACUAUGACUAUGUCUGGGAUUUUAUUUUCCACCAAAAUGGAGCUGUUGGUGUUCGGGUCUAUGCCAGCGGGUAUAUUCAGUCUGCUUUUUACUUUGGUGAUGCCAGAGACUUUGGCAAUAGAGUCCAAGAAUGGGUUCUGGGAAUAAUUCAUACCCACAACAUUCAAUUCAAAGUGGAUUUGGAUAUUGGUGGUGUGAAAAACACCCUGGUUGGCAAUGACAUGGCUUUUGAGACAGUGCAGGCCCCUUGGAGCCCAGAGCAUGAGCUCCAUCGAAUGAAGAUGGUGAGGAAAGUUUUGGACACCGAGAACAAGGCUGCAUUCCGUCUCCGUGACAACAUGCCCAGAUACAUUUAUUUUGCUGCCAACCGAACCAAUAAGUGGGGCCAUGAGCAGGGCUAUCGGAUCCAGAUAGUCAGUUUUUCUGGAGACCAUCUGCCAGAAUCAGAUCCAAUGGAGCCAGGCAUCAGCUGGGGUCGUUAUAAGCUGGCUGUAACAAAGAGGAAGGAAAAUGAACCAUUCAGCACCACUGCCUACAAUCAGGUUGACCCAUGGAAACCUCCCAUCACCUUUGCUGAAUUCAUAAACAAUGAGAGCAUUGUCAAUGAGGAUCUGGUUGCCUGGAUCAAUACUGGCUUUCUGCAUAUUCCACAUGCUGAGGACAUCCCCAAUACUGCAGCCCUUGGGAAUGUGGUUGGUUUCUUCUUGAGACCGUACAAUUAUUUUGAUGACGACCCUUCCAUGUAUUCUCCGGACAGCGUCUUCUUCGCCAGCCAGCAGGACGCCACGUCCUGUGAGAUCAACCAACUUGCCUGUCUGGCAAAAAUCGCUUCGUGUUUGCCCACUUUCCCCCCUUUCACUUACGAGGGUUUUCAAAACAUGACGACUUUCUAAUGUCUUCCACUUUUUGACAGGUGAAUUAGAAAUUGGGAACAAACAAUGAAUGUGUACUACAGGCAGCUAAUGCUGAGAGU